ACGCGCUUCUAUUAACAACACCCUAUACAGACUUUUCCUUUACAAACAGCGUUAUAAUUUUCAGGCGUUUUAGCGAUUUAUAAACUGUUUUCUCUGUAGAGUAUAUAAAAAAAUAUUUAUAAUGUUUAAAAGAUUUAAUUCAAAAGAAGAUUUCAAAGGGACCACACCUAUUAAGUCCUCAAUCCAACGAGGAAUAAAGUCAAAACUUGUUGAGACAUUUCCUAAACUCGAGCAAGUUAUUGAUGAUUUGAUUCCUAAAAAAUCUCAACUGACUCAAAUUAAAUGUGAGGAAAGAAUUUUCCUAUACGCUUUAAAUGGAGAAAUAAUUCUUUUCCAACAUUUUGACGGACCUGUGAUUCCUUCUCUUCGCCUAAUUCACAAGUGCCCUGAUGCUUUCCCUCAAGUUCGCGUUGACCGCGGCGCUAUCAAGUUUGUUUUAUCCGGUGCCAACAUCAUGAUUCCUGGCCUUACUUCAGCAGGUGGUAAUCUUCCAGAAGACAUUGGUAAAGAUCAAUAUGUAGUAAUUAUGGCUGAGGGUAAAAGUGCCCCAGCUGCAAUUGGUAUCACGCAGAUGACUGCUAAGGAAAUGAUUGAGACAAAUAAGGGAAUUGGCAUUGAAAAUGUUCAUCAUUUGGGUGACAACUUGUGGAAAACCAUCUUAGAUUAAAUGCACAUCGUCAUUUAUGUGUUCAAUUUUAUAAGUCAUGUUGAUUGAGAAUUCUACAUUAAAAAUAAGUCUAUGGAGUGUUGUCUUCAAACAGGCACGAAUGGAAAACCCCGAAUUUUGCGUAUAAACUUCGUUCUUGUUUAAAGUAGUGAAUAAGUAGGGUACUUUUGAAUGGUUUUAUUUACGCGCUCGAAUUCCGCAUCAGUUUGUACAAGUUGCCGAAGAGCCACAAGAAUUUUCGCAACCAGCUCUUUUCCAG